AAAUAAAAAUUAGAAAAUAUACUUUAUAAAAUUUAAAAUAACACUCAAAACUAUUAAUAAACAACCAAAUGGUUGCAAAUUAUUAAUCCAAUAUCUUUCCUAUUACCCUGUAUAAUACAUAAGUAUUCAGCUGGCUAAGAGAGGUUAAAGUCUCAUAGGCCACUUGGGGAAGAGGAAAAAGAAUAAUAAAAAUACAGGUUAUGUCCAUUAUUUAUAAAUAAAAAUAAUCGCGUCUAUUGUUUACGUAUUAAUUCCACAUCAAUGUAAAGCUAAUUUCUGCUACAAAUGAUGGUGAAAACACCUAUGAAAGUAUCAGAAAUACUGAUCACCCCGUUGCCUUCUUCAUCAUCCCCUAAUCCUAAUCGUGACCCGAAGGCUGCACAAGAAAUAGUCACUACUUACUUAAAUAAUGUACUGCCCACUCAAGAUAAGAAGAAUCUUGGCUCUGACAUAAAAUGGUAUUUUAUGCUUGAUAAGACUACACACAAAAAGAAUAAACCUAUUAGGAAAAAGAAAAGCUAUUUGACUAGGAAAGAAAGAAAAGAAUUAAAUCUACUACGAUUGCCCAAAGAAGACUGGGACUACAAACAAUUGGAGCCAUUACGAAAUUUAUGGAAACAAUACAUAAAAGAAGUAUUGGGGUACAAUGAAAAACUUCCAAAUUAUACAGAUCCUCAUUGGACAAUAUUUAGUUCAUCAUUAAUGAAAUCUGAGUUUGUGGGAGCUGAAAUAAAAGUUAUCAGAUCAAAUGUUCCUAGUUUGGUUGAUCUCAGUGGAACAAUUGUUUUAGAAACUAAGGCUACAUUCCAAAUUGUUACACCAAGCAAUAAAUUAAAGAUAAUCUUGAAAGCUCCUUGUAUAUUUGAAAUUUCCCUUGAUGUUGGAAGAAUAUCAUUUAUGGGAAAUUCGUUAAUUACAAAACCAAGUGAAAGAAGUGCAAAGAAAAUUAAAAAUAGUACACUUCCAGACUUGUAAUUGUGUAUAAAAUGAAUAAAAUUUAAAAUACUGUUACUGCAAUAAUAAAACUUGUUUUAUGAGAAA